UGUAGACCGAGCGGGUGUCUGUGUUCGGAGAACCUUUUUACAAGAUCUCUUCCCCUCCACUACCUGCAUACUCAUCAGCAACUUUGUCCCCCUCGACUAAGAGCCUCUACCUUUCACAUUACGCCUUUGAGCUACGAGCCGCCCGUUGCCCUCCGUGGAUACCUCUCAGCCUUCACGUGGACUGUACUGGUCUGGUGGUCAGCUAACGACUCCGCCAUUUACAGCGUCACAGCUGUAUUCUCUCCCAACUCCUCCUUCAUCCGAAGCAGGUAGGUCAUCAGGACCUACCCGGGACACAACCGCCAACGUGGCUGCUGCAGUGGCCCCUCUGACCUCCAUGCAUCCUGGGUCUGACCCGAUGGGUGCACCUCCCAGCUUUGCAGCGCGGAGGCCUCAUGCCCAACAAUUGGGUAGUUUUGAGCUUCCUCCACCGCCGAUGCACAAAUAUCCCUUCACCAACACCGUUACCGCAUCACAGUCGACACAAGCGCCAACCACCAAUGCCAGCGUUGGCAACCUGCUCACCCCACCAAAUACCAAUCACAGUGAUGUGAUAAGCUCGACUGGAGUAUCAACAAGCAACGCUCAGUAUCCGACAACAAUGGCCUACUCGAACGGGCAAUACAUAUACUCGCCGCCCACGCAGGGAUCAGCGACACACUAUGGCUAUCCGCCCGCACAUCACCAGCAAAACCAAUAUGGACAAGCCCGAGUAGGUAUGUUCGUCGCUCCACUACGCAGUGAUCGUCAGCUCGGACAACAAGACUCACUCGGUAAAGGAGGGCUGAAUCCGCCACCAUAUGAGAUGAACCAACAAUUGCCACCUUUUACGCCAUCGUCGAACGGAUCGACUAUGCCUUCGAUAUCGGCACAGCAACAUCAGCAGCAUCAACAUCAUCAACAGCAACAGCAGCAACAGCAACAGCAGCAACAACAGCAACAACAACAACAACAGCAGCAGCAGCAGCAGCAGCAGCAGCAACAGCAGCAACAUCACCACCAUCAGCAGAUGAUAGGCGCACAGACACCAAUAUCGUCGUCGGCACCUCAACAGUCGCCUGCUCUCGCACAGGACGGCUUUAGACCUCCACAGCCGCCGACACCAACCUACAACUACCAUCCUCAAGGAACACCACAGCACUCAAACUUUCCAUAUUCGACAGGACCUUCACCGACGUUAAGUCAGCAGCAGAGUCCGAUCAGCGCUGGAGGCUCGAUGACGAGGAUGUCGCCAAGUGUAUCGCAAGGCCCGAUGCCAUCGAACAACCCAGCGCAGGCGCCAUACCCUUAUGGACGACCAUCUGCGCAAUAUGCUCCGGGGCCUGCACCAGUCUUCUCGAAUGUCCAAAACCCGAACAGUCAACUUUCGCUCGUUGGAGUGCACCAGGGGUUGAUGCCUGGCUUCAACAGUGGACACGCAGCAUCCAUGCCUCAUUUCUUGGGCCACCCACAACACCAGCAACAGAAUGCGAACGAUCGGCCGUUCAAGUGCGACCAAUGCCCGCAGAGUUUCAACAGGAAUCAUGACCUAAAGCGACAUAAGAGGAUUCAUCUGGCAGUCAAGCCCUUCCCUUGCAACCACUGCGACAAGAGCUUUUCGCGGAAAGAUGCGCUCAAGCGUCACAUACUCGUCAAAGGCUGCGGCAAAGCGGUUGCUUCCAACGACGACCCAAAGCGAGAGAGCCACUCACCAAAGUCAGAAGCAGUUGACUCAAAGGCUGCUGUUGCGGGUCACGCAUAAUGGCGCGACACGUUUUUCUAGCGUCUUCAGCCUUCACUUCUCUUCUCCCUGUAUUAUCUAUGUCUUUUUGUGCUUGGUUUCGGCGCACAUAUUUACGAGACCACCACCUUCGCUGUGCAAUCUUCGGCUACGAGUUUCAUGUUUUCAUGUUCAUUGGACUACCCCCCGGGACGCUGGAUAUAUCCUUGUUGGUGUUCCGGGCGCUCUUGUAUGUUAUUUU